AUGUCUGUUAUAGUAACUAGAUCCUGCGAUAUAAUUCGCCAUGACGCAAACCAUGAGGCUAUCGUCGACAUAAAACGAAAGAAAGUUCCCCGAUUAGGACCAUUUUUAUUAUUAAAGACACUAGGUGUAGGCGAGUUUGGUAAAGUAAAGAUGGGAAAACAUAUAGAAACAGAUCAAAAGGUAGCUGUCAAACUUGUAAGAAAAGACCAUAUUGAUUCCUCGAGCCAAUUAGAAAAGAUACGCAUGGAAAUUGAAAUAUUAAGAACUUUGAAUCAUCCAUACAUAGUCAAGUUAUUAACUGUAAAUGAGACUGAUGCUUGCAUAGGCAUAGUUUUGGAAUACGCUGAAGGUGGCGAAUUAUUUGAGUAUAUUUAUAGACAAAAGUAUCUGCAGGAAGCUGAAGCACGUCGACUUUUUGCUCAAUUGAUAAGCAGUAUUUACUACAUGCAUGAGAAGAACAUCGUUCAUCGUGAUUUAAAGCUAGAAAAUAUAUUACUAGAUGCUCAAGGCAAUCUUAUUGUUACAGAUUUCGGAUUUGCCAACCAGUUCUCGCCAAUUACAGGUGAUUUGAUGUCCACAUCUUGUGGUUCUCCUUGCUAUGCCGCCCCUGAACUUGUUAUGACGGGAAAUUUAUACUCGGGAAAAGCAACAGAUAUCUGGUCUAGUGGCGUCAUUCUUUAUGCUAUGCUGUGUGGUUAUCUGCCAUUUGAUGAUGAUAUCAAGAAUCCAAAUGAUAAUGUUGGUCGCCUUUAUCGAUAUAUCAUGGUCAACAAACCCAAAUAUCCCCAUCGUCUAUCUGAUGACGCCAAGGAUAUAAUUGGAAAAAUGCUCGUGCCAGAUCCAAGCAAGCGAUCUAAAAUUGAAGAAAUCAUGGCACAUCCUUGGUUAUACGAAUACGCCGAUCUAUUCUCUAAAUCAAUAGAAGAGCUCGAAAUGGAAGCCCAGUUGGUCAAGCAAAUGCUCUUGAGACAUACCUUGUCUCCUGAACCUAGUUGUGGCAAUAGCGAAUACUGCUCAAGUUGCUGCGAGAGUAGAGUAUCUAACAUUAGCUCUUCAUCUUCUUCUCUUGCGUCGUCCUCUUACUCAUAUAAAGCUAAAAAUGAAAUUGACAUUGGAACCAUUCAAGAACCUACAGAAAAAGUCAAUAUUGAAGAUCCUAUAAAAGAUGAUCUGCAGGAGGAAGAGCAGCUAUCACAGCAGCAAAAAGACCAAGUUAUAGACAACAGCGAUGAUGAUCUUGUUAUAUCUCAGACAUCGAGCAAAAAGGAGCACGAGCCUAUAGAAAUAGUAGAAGAAUACCAAAUAAAGCAAGAAGAUGAGAUAGAAGAUGAAAUAAUACCGAUAGCUCCAAUUCGUCAUGAUAACAGCUCAGUACAUGCGACACAAGUACUUCCCACAAACGAUCAAACAGGAGUAACAGCACCUCAUGUAGAAUCUGAGGAUUCAAAAAUACAGAAACAAUCGUCACUAAAUAAAACAAGCAACACCAAUGUCAAAUCAAGCGUACAAAAAGAGCGAACAAACAAUAAACCAAAUCCAGGAAAUACUUCGCUUAGAGCAAAAAUUUUCUCAAGUGUACGUAUCCGUCCUCAAAAGCAGUCGAAAGCCACCAAGCAAGACAAGGGAAGCGACGUGAAUAAAGAAAAGACGAUCAAACAAAAGAACAAGCGAAAUUCAUGGCAAGCGCUUAUGCAUCACGGUCAUUCUUUUGAGGUUCCUGCACCAACCCCACAACAAACAAAAAGCACUGGCUUCAUAUCUUGGUUGAAGAAUAAGGCUCAUCAUAAGAACAAACACUGCGAUGCUUCAAGAGAUGUGAGUUCCUCACUGAUACCUAAUUACUCAGGCUCUUUCUCUAGCAAGAGCGUCACACCGUCUACUUUUACAGAUCUAAGAGUAUAUACAGGCGCAUUGAAUCAAUUAGCACUUACCUCCAAAUCACCAAUGGAGGCGUUGCUAGAGAUUACAAAAAUAUUGGUAAUCUUGGGUAUUGACGUAGAAAAUGACGGGGGUUACAAGUUGAUAUGCACCAGACGAGCAUCAAGUAGUGCAGCCAUUUAUGGUCACUCAGAGAUUGAUUCAGGAGAACAAGUCCAAUUUGUCAUCGAAAUAUGUAGCCUUAAAGAUGUAUUUGGUCUGUUUUGUAUAGAUAUCCAGCCUUUGAAUAGCGAUAAUGUGUAUCAAUUUAUUGGACAAAAGUUAUUAGACCUAUUGCAUCUGGGAGGAACUAUAAAGGGCGCAGGAUAUCAUGAAGCUAUCCUUCAAUACAAUGCCUCCAGUUCCAAAUGA